AUGAACGACAGCAACACAAUGAUCAAGAUGAUUUACAAGGGAUUCGUAUUAUUAAUCAUAUCCUCGACUGCAUUCACGGCCAGAGAUGACGUCCACGUAAUUGACAGCAAUAUUAGCCCCGAAAUGGAGGCCCACGUGAUCAGCAAAAUGAUGGACUUUGUCGACAAACCCACUAAUCAAUCGUUGGCUGAACUAAUGGUCAAGGAAUUGGACACAAAGUACCCUGAUCAUAUUGGGUGGAUCGGACAGUUUAUAGUGAACGGAACCGCAUCCCAGCUAUAUAUGUCAGUAGAGUUUGAGUCUUAUAUUAAGCUCCAAUAUCGUGAAUAUGUGCUGGGAUUAUAUAGGCCCAAACUAAAUGAACCAGUAACACUUAAGCAAUUAAUCAAUUUUAAGUCAAACACUGAUUAG